GUGAGACGCUCCUCACCAGAGGAGAGGCAGAGCUCCUAACUUAGAGGAAUACAUGACCAUGCGAGAAACACUGAGACUACAGACAACAGAGGAUUUUCUACCGUUUUGCUAUUGUGAGCGAAUUAAAUCCAUCACCCUCCAACUCCUGGAAGAUCAAAAGUCCUGAGCACAAGACACCAGGCUUCUCCUCCUCCAUCCUCAUGUCCCUCCAGGAGAGGAGGGCAAGGCACACACACACAGCCCCCCGGCCGAGGACACACACUACCUGACACGGAUGGCUUUCAAGAGGAAGCUGCUGCUCGGGUUUGUUACCGCGGGCUCUCUGCUGUGCGUCUACAUUCUGUGUUUGAACCUGUCCAGCGCCACAGGGCCUCUGAAAACAUUCCAUCGCUUCACACACAAACAUAACGGCAACUUACUAGACUUUGGGGAGCUUCUUGACCAAGAGGGCAUCAACGUCCAGUCGACCCCUAUCUCCACCUUAGACCGAGAGCUCUCUGUUGAACCCAAACCAGAAGAGAACAGCGUUGUUCCCAAUGUCCCAGAUGUCCCAAAUGUCCCAACUGUCCCAAAUGUCCCAACUGUCCCAACUGUCCCAAAUGUCCCAGAUGUCCCAACUGUCCCAAAUGUCCCAGAUGUCCCAACUGUCCCAAAUGUCCCAAAUGUCCCAGAAUCCAGUUCUAGGUCUGAUGGCGUGGGUAAACCCAGGACCAUCAACAAAGCCCCCCCACUGCCCCAGCAGCAGCCCACAAAGGCCCACGGACCCACAGAGCCCUCCUUCAUCGGAGACACCUACAUGAGUGAAGUCUUCCCACCACAAACGGAAUGCACAGAUAGUAUCCAAAGACUGGCCGCCAAAACAGAAUUUGGUCGACGGUUUCUGAACGACAUUCCAGUCGUGCAGUGGGCCCAACACGUCACUCAGGAAAGCUACCAGCGUCUGAGCAAGUACCCAGGAACACAUGGCUGGGGGGGGAUCGAUUACAAAACGUUGGUGGAUACUCUGUCCGUCCUCAACUCUUCUGCUAACUGGCGGAUGUUGGAUGACUGGAAGGAUCGUGGAGAUGAAUCUGAGUGUAUCCGCUGUGCUGUGGUGGGGAAUGGUGGGAUACUGAAGGAUUCAAAGAAAGGGAAGGAGAUCGACAGUCACCACUAUGUCUUCAGGACCAAUGGGGCCAUCACUAAGGGCUUUGAGCAGGACGUGGGCUCUCGGACCACCCACUACACCUUCUCCACCAACACAAUGAUGAACUCCAUGAGGGCCUACUCCGGUGCUGGGUAUAGAGGCCCCCCUAAGUCUAAUGAAACCCGAUACGUUUUUCUGCCGGACCACGGCCGUGAUUACCUGCUGAUGAAGGCUGCGGCGACACACACAAAAGUAGAGACAGGACCUGAGCGGAACAAAAAUCCAUCCGACUACUUUGGAGAGGAUGUGUCAGCAAAAAAGCUGAAGAUAUACCAUCCUGAUUUCGUCCGUUACCUCAGAAACAGGUUCCUUCGAUCUCAUACCAUGCAAACCAAAUUUAGGAACAUAUACCGUCCGUCAACGGGGGCUGUGAUGCUGUUGGCUGCUCUGCACACCUGCGACCAGGUGAGUGCCUACGGCUUCAUGACCCCGGACUUUAAGAAGUACUCGGACCACUACUACGACAGCGUCUACCACUCGGUGGGCUUCUACGCAAACCACGACCUCCGUAUGGAACUGUCCCUAUGGCAACAGCUGCACCAGGCGGGCCUCAUAAAACUCUACAUGCGUUAGUGGAUUCAGGACGACUUGACAUCACGUCUUCCUGUCUGCAGUCUGCAGCUUUGGGAAACAGGAAGUCCCGCCUACCUGGGCUCUAAAUGACUUAUUCAAGACUCUCUGUACUGAGAUGAAAGAAAGAAGAAGAAACAAAUGUUAUGAAGGAAAACGUUUUUAUUUUUAAGUAAAAUGCUGUGAUGGUUCAGCAUGGGGAAUUUUAGAUAUAUAUUUUUUAUUUAUAAUCAUUUUUUCCUCUCCCAAAACAUUUUUUUGGGUGAUUUGCUCAUUAAAACAGGUCCAGACAUCAGGGUUAAAAUGAGACUACAUUUGGUUAAACUGAUUUUGAACAAUGUUGUUAGUCCACUUUCAUUCACACAAAUGUUGAAUGGAUUGCCAUCACAUGAAAUGUUGUUAAAAUAUAUGUUACAAUAUACCCAUCACCCAAAUUAAGCAAAUCACCAAAACGAUGUUUACUAGGCUGAGUUUAAAACGUAUUAUACAAUCAGUCUCUGGCUGGGUUACAGUGGUGUCUGUCACUGUGUGAUGCAGCGCAGGGACAAGGGACAGGACUGCAAUUGAGUGGGCCACUCGCUUAAAAUAUCCUGCUCUAAAUAGACGUCAGAGCUCUGCUGGCAGUGGCCAACGUCUAUUCUGACAUUAACUCAGAUGAUGUUCUCCCUCCGGGUCUGUGUGUGGGGUUUACUGUGGAAGGAUACACUGAGAGAAUAGAGCUCUAAUAUUUGAACCUGUAGGUGUAUUUACUUUAAGGGACUUAAUUUAUUUGUUAUUGUUCUUACCUUUUUUUUAAGCACACAAGUGCACUGCCACAAUAAGAAAACUGUGAGUGCCUUUUCUUUGAAUGUGAACCAGCAGUUUGGGUUUAGCAUUGUGAAUUUCUCAGGCGAUUUAGGAUGUCUCCACCACAACACAAAGAGGAAUGACCGUGGCAUUUUCAUUCAGUUUGGAUUUUAUGGGACGGUUGCCGAGGACUCCUUUGGGUUUACUGCUUGUUCGCCGCCACACCUUCUCCGUGGAAAUGAAGGGCAAAGUUCCUUUAGAUUUAAAGUCCACCCAAUGGAGUCAUCACACCCUUAAAUUAAGAAAAGAAACGAAAGACAUCAGCAAAUCAGGGAAUGUGUGUGUAUCUUUGUGUAAUAUUGAAUCUCAACAUAUUCAGAUAAAGUGAUCCAGUCAUAUGAUACUGGUUUCUAAUUUUACAAAGUGCAACAGGGGCGGGAGAAACCUUUUCUUAUGGUGCAAUUUCUUGAGGUUUACUUUUUUUAGUCUGUAUUAAAUCAAACUGUGAUUGUA